UUGUGGAUAACGAACGUGGUGAGGCCUGAAAUCUCGCGAUGUUUCCGUAUAAACAAAAAAAACCGUUGCACAACAUGUUUGGUAACAUGCAUGUUGUGAAAGCAUCGUCGUUUAGUGCCAUACCUACUCCUCGUGGCAGCCCUGAAGAGAGUGGGGGAACCGGCAAACUGUGUUGGUAAUUUCAGCUGAAGUCGGCGAUCGUGACAAGUUUAUCACCGUUGCAGCACAGCUUCAUUUGUUCCAACAAAAUGCCUGAGGGACCAGAGCUCCACCUGGCCAGCCUGUACGUAAACAAAAUGUGUAAUGGAGUGGUUUUUACUGGACCCGUAAGAAAAUCCGAAGUCAGCAAGAGUCCCGAUGUGCCCUUCACCUGUGAGGCCUAUCGGAUCACAGCCACUUCCAGAGGGAAGGAAGUGAAGCUCACGCUGACACCUAUAAAGAGUGAUGAUACAAAACAGAGGUUGAAGACAGGACAGGCAGACCAGCCCAUGGAUGUGGUCUUUCGCUUUGGGAUGUCUGGUAAUUUCCGCUUCACCACAGAGGAUGAGCUGCCCAAACACUCCCACCUACGUUUUUAUUCCAAAGAGAAGCCCUGCAGAGUGCUGAGCUUUGUGGAUGUACGCAGGUUUGGCAGCUGGCAGCCCAGUGGGACCUGGCAGUCCAGCCGAGGGCCCUGUGUCAUGUUUGAGUACAAAAGCUUCAGGGAGAACGUUGUGUCGCACCUCUCCGACAGCGCCUUUGACAGACCCAUCUGUGAAAUUCUGCUCAAUCAGAAGUACUUCAACGGUAUCGGGAACUACCUGAGGGCCGAAAUACUUUUCAGGUUGAACAUCCCACCCUUUGUGGCUGCCAGGACUACACUUGAAGGCCUUGAUUCAGAAGAUUUAUGUGAAAGUGAGAAGCCUGUGAAAAAAGAGAAUACAGAUAAAAAGCCCUCUGACAGAACUAAACAGAAGAGGGUGAAAGAGGAGACGGGGGACUUGCUGAGGCUGUGUCAUACAGUACCUCUGGAGGUGGUGAGCCUAGGUGGAAAGGGAUAUGAUCCAGAGAAGGCAGACUAUUCUGGCUUUAAGGCGUGGCUGCAGUGUUACUACGUUGAUGGAAUGAAAUCCAUCCGGGACCACAAUGGCAGAACUAUGUGGUUCAAAGGAGAUCCAGGUCCCAUGGUGCCUAAAGAUUCAAAGUCACCCAAGCCAAAAAAGAGGGCAAAGAAAGAAGAUGACCAUGAUUACACAGACAAGAAAAAGGUGGCCAGAGGUCGCUCUGCAAACACAACAAAGAAACAAGUCAAACAGGAAACUGUGACCAAAACACCAAAGAAAAACAAGGAUGCGCGUGUCAAGCAGUCCCGAUCCAAGACCCAAGAAGGAAACGCACCGCAUGAAAAGAAACCAACUGCACGUAGGAGGAAAAGCAGCAAUGCUGGGCCAACAACUGCAGUCAACUUUGUUGCAGGUCCACUGAGGCGGAGCGGGAGAGUUACCAGACAGAAAAGCAAUUGAAACCAAAAGGCAGGAAACCACUUUUUGGGACCAUUUUAUGUUUUUAUACAAUUCAAUUUUUUAAAAUAAAAACAUGUUUCUACAAAA